AUGGGCAUCCCAGCCCUCUGGGAUAUUAUCAAGCGCUACGAAGAAGUCAUUCCGAUUGCACAGCUCGCUGAAGAUCACCACCGGCGUCAUGGCAAGCCUCUCAGAAUCGCUGUCGACGAGGCCGAUUGGCGCUUCAACAAUCUCACACCCCAGCAAGUCUAUGCAAUUCGUGAUGCGACCAAUCAACAUGCGUUUCAAGGCAUUGAAAAGGCCAUGUUUUACCGCCUCUGUCGCCUCCUAACGCUAAAUAUCCAACUCAUUUUUGUCUUCGACGGUCCUGACCGGCCUUGGAAGCGAGGAAAGAGAGGACAAGGGCGUAUCAACUAUGAAGAGAGGCGGCUUCUACAGAAGCUGCUUAAAUAUCUCGGAGUUCCAUAUCAUGAAGCCCCUGGGGAGGCAGAAGCAGAAUGCGCUCGUAUGCAGAUACUGGAUAUAGUCGAUGCUGUGUGGUCACAAGACUCUGACUGCUUGAUGUUUGGUUGCACCCUUUGGUUCCACGAUCAUCGUGUUGCGAAGAAUGAAGGCGCAACAGAUCGCUCCAAGGAGAACACGAAGAAAAAUGGCAAGUACGCCAGUGUGGUACGAGCCAUUGACAUGAAAGAAAGAUACAACCUGGAUCGGGAGGGUUUGGUACUUUUCGCCAUGCUCGUUGGUGGGGACUACGAUCAACAAGGUUUACCCCAGUGUGGACCUGGUAUAGCUCUGCAAGUUGUGAAGGAAGGGCUUGGAAGAAGCCUCUGUGAGUGUCGAAACCAAUUUGAUUGUCAACUUUGGAGUAAAGAAUUGGCACAAUUCCUGAAUACCUUCACUCGAGGACGAAGUAUACCUGUACCUUCAAUGUUUCCAGACUACGACAUCCUGAAAAAGUACUACCGUCCGAAAGUCACCAGUGACCAGGAACUGCUCCUGGCAUCAAGGCUCAACUUGGACUACAUCCGCCCAAUCCAAGAACACGAACUCCUCAAGUUGACAAGUGAACGCUUCAAUAUCUGGGGACGGCUUUAUAUGAAUUGGAUCGGUCCAGUCCUCCUUACUCGAGAUCUCGCAUCAAGGGACUCGUCUAAGCCAAAGGAGAUGGUACAUGAAAUCAGAAUCCCUAAGCAGCGAUCCAAGAGGACGAAAGAUCAGCCAUCAAUGCGAACCUUUGAGAGGAAGAUAACGUUUUCGUCUUUUGGUGUCACAAGUCUAUGCACGGAUGACUUUGAAGGCUCACAAUUUGGACAUUGGAAUGGUGACGACAAGGUACUGUUCGAUCCGGAAUAUCGCGUAGAGUGCGAGAUGCCUGAAUAUUGGCUUCGCAAAACUCUUCCGGCAGAGGUUUUCAACUCCUCGCUUCCAACGCCCAAGUCGUCUUCCAAACGGAAGCGGACAGUAGAUGAUGUCGAGGAAGCGGCGGAUUCACCUAGCAACAAGCGAAAAUCCAAAACUUGCAGAACUCUCAAUCCAGAUAGGAGUGUGUCUUACGUGUCUCAAUCGAAAAGGCCAGAUAUGUCUUCGUCAGAAUCAAAAACGCCAUCCAAGAUGCCCAAACCUGACUCUACAUAUCUGACAAGUACACGCGUACCGAUCGAAUUGAUUGAGCUUUCUGACUCAGAAGAUGAAGAAAUCCUUCGAGUUCCUUCGAUUCCUUUAUCAAGACAGUCGCCUUCUAUAAAGGCUGCUAAGCCUCCUCCUGACCUUGGUUCAUCUGCGGCAUCUAGUCUAGUGGUCCCUAGCAUAUCGCAAAAUAAUUGGGAAAAUCGCACUCCAUUCGAUUUAGCAGAUGAGGACGAUGAAGACGAUGAAGAUCUUCAGCUCGCUUUACGUCUCAGCAUGCAAGAGGCCUCCAGCUCUACAAUGCAUUCGUUGAACAAGGGCAAGUUUGACGAUAUCUUUGCAAUGAGAGAAGAAGGUCGGAGUGUGGAGGGGUUAGCAGUGCCUGCUUGGUCGCUUGACCAGGCACUGAUCUCCGAUUUGCUUCCACCAGAUAUUCCAACGCCAAAUCGACAAGCUAGAAGCAUUGCAUCUACAAGAAACAAUCUUCCUCAAAGUGCCACUCAUGCAAAUGUUGCUAGAGAGGACUUAGCUGAGAUGCAUACCCAACCUCCGUCUAGACGCUCCGAGCUAGCAAGAAGUUUGGUUCCAUCGCCCACAAAAGGGGAUGAUAUCGUUGCUCGCCCCGAAGCGAGCUCCACCACCCCUUCCAGGCAUUCUCUUAAUGAAAUUCGAGCUGCUCGACUUCGACAUUUUGGCGCGCCUUCCAUGACUAAGAUCAGAGAUGUAGGUAAUGUCGCCUCAUCGCCACCUAGGGCUGCACCAACAGACAUUGAGUGCAUUGAUCUGACCGAAGAUUAA